CAGAAAAAAACUAAACAAAUAAAUUAAUAGAAAGUAUAUGAUAGCACUGGCACUUCUCUUCUGGCCAAUUCUCCACGGAUGAUGUUAAAGACUCAGUUUGAGGAUCCCUCUCAUAUGUUUGAGAGACCUGAGAUUUGCUAGUCAAAUAUAUUCUUGAGAAGUGUUAGAUCCUCUCUUGUGCUGUGUGUGGGCACUGUAUAAGGUUCGCAGUGCCCAUGGAUGCCACUACAAGCGAAACCCCAACUAUCCAAUUCCAUAACAUCCCUGAUCAGCCAAUUACUACCAUUGUUGCCACCCAAUUGCCAACACUUCAAGGCCAGCAAGAGCAGCAACACCAUUGCUUCGGGGACUCCAGUCCAGGAGAGUUUCCCUUGUCUGCUAAUCCCUCCAUCGUCCUUCAUGUCCUUACAACAUGUAACUUGUAUCCUCAAGACCUUGCUAAACUUGAGGCAACAUGCUCCUUCUUCAAGCAGCCGGCAAACUUUGCUCCAGAUUUUGACUUGUCCUUGUCAGAGCUUGCUGCAUUGGACAUGUGCCAGAAGAGAGCCAUUUUUAAGCCAAUGACAACAGAACAACGGCAACAUUUGAAGCAAAGAUGUGGUGGCUCUUGGAAAUUGGUUCUGAGGUUUUUGCUUGCUGGAGAAGCAUGUUGCAGAAGGAGGGAGAAAUCGCAGGUAAUAGCAGGUCCUGGUCAUAGCAUUGCCGUGACAUCAAAAGGAGUUGUUUAUUCAUUUGGGUCCAAUAGUUCAGGACAACUUGGGCAUGGCACCACUGAAGAUGUAUGGCAACCUCGGCCAAUCAGAGCUUUGCAAGGCAUCCGAAUUAUACAAGCUACAGCUAUGACUGGGAGGACAAUGUUGAUCAGUGAUUCUGGGCAGGCUUAUGUCUUUGGAAAAGAAUCUUUUGGUGAAGUUGAGACGAUUGUAAAUCGAGGAUCUAAAAUUGUUACAACUCCACAGUUAGUUGAAUCUUUGAAAAACAUAUUUGUUGUGCAAGCUGCAAUGGGAAACUAUUUCACGGCCGUAUUGUCAAGAGAAGGCAGGGUUUAUACAUUUUCUUGGGGUUGUGUUGGCAAACUCUGUCACCAGACUGAUCAAAAUGAUGUGGAACCCCGUCCUUUAUUAGGAGCUCUGGAACACAUACCAGUAGUGCAAAUAGCUGCUGGAUUCUGCUACCUGCUUUGUUUGGCUUGUCAACCAAGUGGAAUGUCAGUGUACUCGGUUGGGUGUGGUUUGGGUGGGAAGCUUGGACAUGGUACAAAAACGAAUGAGGAGUAUCCUCGUUUGAUUGAACAAUUCCAGCUGUUAAACCUUCAGCCCAUGGCGAUUGCUGCUGGUUCUUGGCAUGCAGCUGUGGUUGGGCAGGAUGGGCGUGUUUGCACAUGGGGUUGGGGCAGUUAUGGCUGCUUGGGUCAUGGAAAUGAAGAAUGUGAAUUAGUACCUAAGGUGGUGGAAGAGCUGAGAAAUGUCAAAGCAGUUCAUGUUGCUACAGGAGAUUUCACUACUUUUGUAGUGUCUGAUAGUGGUGAUGUUUAUUCAUUUGGUUAUGGAGAAUCUGGUAGUCUUGGCCAUGUCCCUGAAAAUCAUGAGCAGGAAGACAUGCAUGAAAAUGUGUUAACUCCAAAGCUAGUCACUUGGAUGAAACAGAUCAAUGAACGGGUGGUACAGAUUAGCCUGACCAAUUUCAUAUAUUGGAAUGCUCAUACCUUUGCUCUAACUGAAUCAGGGAAGCUGUAUGCCUUUGGGGCUGGGGACAAAGGACAACUAGGUGUAGAGCUUGGUGCCCACCAGACUGAAAAAGGAAAGCCAGAGCGGGUUGAUAUUGAUCUGGGUUAACUAUGUGCUGGUGCACACCAAUUAUUUUCACCAUGUCAUCCUUUAAUUUAUGCUUACCAUGCAUAAGCAUUUAGUGUUUUAGUCCUUUGUUUAUUUUGUAAAUAGAAUUAAAAAAUGCAUCGAUAAGGUCCAAGCUAGGCAACAGAUAACAAUGGCCUCACCUACUGCUACUACUUGUGCGGUUGUUGAUAUCAAUCUUAGGCUUCAACUAGAUCAUCAUAGUUGAAAAUGGUGAAGGUUCAUAUACAGUUUAGUUGUCUUGACUUUUGAAUUUGGCUAUCCUAGGAUCAUUUGCUUUGAUAAAGUUGGUGAAUUUCAUUAAAUUACCGUUCGCUCGAUCA